CACGUGUCGUUUCUGCUGAGUUGGCAGUGCUGGCUCUGUGGACGAGACUUCGCUGAGCGUUUUCGUCCACGCCGUUUCAAAAUCCACCGAACGUGGACGGCCUUACGUUCCCAAAAACGGAUUUGCACCAGAAACAAGGCCAAAGGAUGUACCAUGCCCAGGGACCUGAAGUUAUUCUACUUCGCAUUUUUUUCUUAUGCGUGGCAGAGCAAAAAAGAUCUUGCUUUUUAUGAUACACAAUUCUUCAUGUAACUCUGAUAACGUGUAUGUGUAUGUGUAGCUUUCAGGGGGUUGUGUGGCGACAUGACUGGGUAGGCUUUUCAGUAGUUGCUCUGUAACUACUCGUCGUAGCCUCUCCA